GAUCGCUCUGUGUGUUUCAUUUUUUUUAUACUUUUGGUCUUCACUUCCUCAUCAGUGUGUUUUGUCUCCAUGCAGAGAAAAGAAACAGAAAAUACAGGACAUUCGGAAAAACGUGAAGGAUGCCAUAGUGACUAUAGUGUCUGCGAUGAGCACUUUAAUACCCCCAGUCCCAAUAGCCAACCCAGAGAACCAGUUUAGGAUCGAAUACAUCAAAAGCAUAGCACCACUCUCAGACUUUGACUAUCCACAGGAGUUCUUCGAUCACGCAAAGAAGCUGUGGGACGACGAAGGAGUGAAGGCAUGCUUCGAGAGAUCCAACGAAUACCAGCUCAUCGACUGCGCACAAUAUUUCUUGGACAGAAUUGACUCAGUAAGACAGAGCGACUACACGCCCACAGACCAGGAUCUUCUACGCUGCCGAGUGUUAACUUCAGGAAUUUUCGAGACGAGGUUCCAAGUAGACAAAGUCAACUUUCACAUGUUUGAUGUCGGCGGUCAGAGAGAUGAAAGGAGAAAAUGGAUCCAGUGCUUUAACGACGUCACUGCUAUCAUCUUCGUGGUGGCCAGCAGCAGCUACAACAUGGUAAUAAGGGAAGACAACAACACCAACAGGCUACGGGAAGCACUGGACCUUUUCCGCAGUAUUUGGAAUAACAGAUGGUUACGCACUAUAUCCGUCAUUUUAUUCCUGAACAAGCAGGACAUGCUGGCUGAGAAAGUAUUAGCCGGAAAGUCCAAAAUUGAGGACUAUUUCCCCGAAUACGCUCGCUACACCAUACCAAAUGAAGCAACUCCUGAACCAGGCGAAGACCCCAGAGUGACACGAGCCAAAUUCUUCAUCCGAGACGAGUUCCUUCGGAUCAGCACUGCGAGCGGCGACGGCAGACAUUACUGCUACCCGCACUUCACCUGCGCCGUGGACACGGAGAACAUCCGGCGGGUGUUCAACGACUGCCGGGACAUCAUCCAGAGAAUGCACCUGCGGCAGUACGAACUGUUGUGAUGGACGGCAGAGACGCGUCCCUCUCUCUCUCUCUGUGUCUCUCUCUCUCUCUGUUGGCCCCUCUGUGUUUCCUCUCUGCCACUCUGCAUCCUUGACGAACCCUUUCUACUCCCCAGAGACCCUCAGAUUCCCCCUCCUGUCGAGGAAUAUGAAGUACUACUGAAGUGUGUCAAAUCCUCUUCAUCUUUUCAA